AUGAAGGAACUGCCUUCAAGAACUUCUGCUUCCCAUCGCAAGGCUGAGGAGGCCACCCAUAGAAACAUUGGGAACAGGAUCUCCACUAGACUAUCCAGAAUAUCAAUAAAUCGACUCUCCUUCCAUAUUGCCACAAACCGGAAAUCCAACAACUCUUUACAAGACCACUUGUUUCCUCAGUUGCCGUAUAACAACGUUUCCAGUCAAACUUCCCAUGAUGAGGGAAUCAAAGAGAUUAUUGAAAAUGAAGCUGAAUAUUUACCCGACCCUAUAGAUUCGAUUAUUGUCGAUAAGAUCAUCGCCAGGUAUCAGCUUGACUUGGACAACAAAAAUAACGAUCGUUACUAUUACACCCACUUGUACGAAACAACCAUCAAGAAUCAUCUCAAUGAUAGUAAAUAUCUAGCAGCUGCAACCCAAAGUGAUAAUACCACUGCCUUACAAGUAUUUGAUAAUGAGUUAACAAGGACAUUCUCCAAGAUAUAUGAUGUUGAUUGCGGUGAUUUUGAAAAAUAUGACCGAAAGGUGAAAAGAGAGGAAGUGUUGAUGAAAUUGACUCAAGAUGCCUAUGUCCUAAAACAAUUAACUAAAGAAUCUGGACUACUAGAUAUUGGAAAUGGUGAUGAUAUCCGCAACAGAUUCUACAGUGAUCUAGAUUCUAAUAAUAGUCUUACUAAUACUGAAAUAUUGAAAGUUCCCAAAUUGGCUGAGAAAUUAUUUAGCCCCCAAGGUUCAAUCUCUUUCGGUGAUUCAACCAUGAUUGGUUCCAACUCUGCGAAAAGAAUUAGCAGCGCUGAUACCAUUAACAUUGAUGAAAUGAGUGUGGUUGAUGAUGCCAUUGAUGAGAAUGGCAAAUCUAUUGGUUCUGACACCCUGAGCAUACAGACUACACAAAUAGAUAGCCAAUCAGAAUAUAAUAUUGAUGAUUGCGUCACAUAUAACUAUAGCAAAUCUUCGGUAUUCGAUAGUGAUAUUGAAAAAAAUCGACCAACACAAAAUUCUGGUCUUCAAAGAAAACUAUCGUCUCGAACCUUACAAAUGAUUGCCUUUGGUAGUGCGCUUGGAAACGGUUUAUUAUUGAAUUCUGGUAAGAAUUUCACAAUUUCUGGCCCAUUGGGAACGUUAGUUGGUUAUACUAUUGCUGGAUUGAUUGUGUUUUCUUCAAUGCUCUCAUAUUGUGAAGUUAUCACUGUUAUUCCUAUAUCUGAUGGGAUUUCAGGGUUGGCAUCGAGAUUCGUAGAUGAGGCCUACGGUUUUGCACUUGGUUGGGGUUAUUGGGCGGCGUUUACCAUCUCUUUACCGGCAGAAUUGAUUGCCGCCAUUGUCAUGUUGAGUUACUAUGAAAUCCUAGGAGUUCCUGGAGCAGCAACCGUUGGUUGGGUGACAUUCUUCUUAUUUAUGGUGGUUAGUAUCAAUCUUUUUGAUGUUAGGGUAUUUGGAGAAGUUGAAUACGGCUGCAAUUUGAUCAAAAUAGCAUUUAUGAUCGUCAUUAGCAUUAUAUCUGUUGUCAUCAACACUGGUAGUCACUCAAAGUCUGCUGAACAUAUUGGAAUGAAAUAUUGGAAUUCAGCAGAGUCCAACACAACCAUUAAUGCCACCUACGGUUUGUUUAGACCAACUUACGAUUUGAACGAUAUUGGCACAGGAUCUCUUGAUGGCAUUGGUGGUGGCACAGGAAGAUUUUUAGCAAUAAUAACUUCUGUUGGUAUAGCUUCUUAUGCCUAUUGUGGCACCGAAAUUGUGGGAAUUGCUGCCACCGAAGUUAAAAAUCCAAGAAAAGCAUUGCCAGCGGCGACAAAAAAAGUUUUUUGGAGAAUUAUUUUUUUCUACAUUUUGGCAAUUUUUCUUGCGGGGAUUAAUAUUUAUAGCGGUGAUCCAAGGCUUCUAAGAUAUUUGAAUAAGGAUUCUGUUGAUCCGUAUAAAUCUCUGUACGUUGUGCGCGAAUCCCUAGAUUUGGAAUCUCGAGGUAUCAAUGUGUGCACCCCUAGCCAAGAAGUUUCUGGGCCAUUUUCAGAGGCAAACAGAUCGCCUUGGACGGUGGCCGCUCAAUCUGUGGGGAUGUGUAGCUAUGCAUCAGUUAUCAACGGAUUUAUUGUGUUCUUUACCAUCAGUGCUGCCAGCUCUCAAUUAUACGCAUCAAGUCGCACAUUGUAUGCGUUAUCAAUCAAGAAUCAAGCCCCAAAGAUCUUCAGCAGAUGCUCAUCAUUUGGGAUUCCUUACGUUGCAGUAUUAUUUACCGGGUCAUUUGGGUUUUUGGCACUUUUCGCCAUGAGCAAUGAAGCCCUCAGAAUAUUCCAAUAUUUUGUCAAUCUUUCCUCAACUUUUGUCAUUCUUGCUUGGGGUGGUAUGUGUUUGUCAUUCAUUCGAUACUACUACGCUUUGCAAUUGAGACCAGAUAUCAUUUCAAGAGAUGAUCCACGUUAUCCUUUCAAAUCUCCACUACAACCUUUCAUUGCCUUCUUUGGGUUAAUUGGCACCUUGCUGAUCAUUGUGUUCAUUGGGGCCAAUAUCUUUGUGGAUCCUCACUUCAACGCAGCGAUCUUUUUGUCAUCAUAUGGGGCAUUCAUCGCAUUCCUCUUGACUUAUUUUUCAUACAAAUUCAUCUACAAAACGAGGAUAAAGAACUUGGAUCAAAUUGAUCUUGAUAUUGGACGGAAAGAAUCUGAUAAAGAUGACUGGAACGACAGUCAUGUAUGCAACCGUGGCUGGAUUGAUAGUAUCCGAAAGUUUUUCUGA